CGCAGAGAGUAGGCCAGGACAAGUGGUUCGCGUGGGUGGGCAAGGAACUCCAGUUCGCCAAGGAGAUGAGGGAGUCUUACGGGCGUGUGGCUGGUCGGGCAGAUGAGUCGGGUGCUCGCAAGCGCAAGGCUGGGGAGAUCUCGUCUCUUUCGUCGGCUUAGAUUGUUAGGACUCUGUCUAUUCAGGCUCUGUCUUUCGAGCAGACACUACAGCACGAGGAGGGGGACAGCUUCACGGACAUAUCACCACUGCGAAACGAAACUUGCUGGAUUGGAAGAAUCGGCGUGGAUACAUAGUUUUUCCCUUUCUUUGUCCAUGGAAAAGGACUAGUCUAGAGACCCGCGGAUACCACGACUUGCGAC